AUGGGUCGCACCGAAAAAUCUCAGGGUCUAGCGCCACCUGCUAUUCGUAAAGACAUUCGCGCAAAACAAGCACGCCAUGUUGUCAAUAAAAUCGUACCUGCGAUAUUAGCCUCAAAUGCAAGGGCUAGGAAAGGCGCAGACAAUAGCGAGCUUAUAGUAGACCCUGGGCGUCUUGGGACAGCCGAAAAAGAUGGAAUUAGAAGCAAGAAUGACGCACAUGCCAAUGAUGGCGAAGAUGGUGGAUAUGUCAAGAGGAAAGGUCAAGGACGGCGGAAAGCGAAAGGUGGUGGGGGUCUUGAGGAUGAACAUAUGGGAAAAGAUGAUGUCGCAAGGGAUAGUGGCAAAGGAAAGGGAAAAGGCAAAAAGCGCAAUGAUUCUCUGGAAGAAGACCUAUCGUCUUUGAACCUGGCGCAAACUGCGCCGCUAUCUCCAAAGAAAGAACGCAGCAUACGCAUUAUAGCAACCGACACGCUUACAGCUGCACAUAUGCUUACCCACCCGUCCUUGUACAACCCUACCAUGCCAUCGAAACUCUCUAAUAAGAAGUCUCCAAACACCUGUAUCCUCAACAUGGCCUCUCCUCUCCGCCCUGGCGGUGGUGUUCUGGCUGGCGCAACGUCACAAGAAGAAUACCUCUGCGCGCGUACAACGCUUCUCCCCAGCCUGAAAGAGACCUUUUAUCGGCUCCCUGAACUAGGAGGAAUCUACACGCCCGACGUGCUUGUAUUCCGAAACUCUCUCUCCCUUGGCGACAACGCGGGCGAACUAUCGCCGACUGAGAGGUGGUACGUCGACGUCGCCAGCGCGGGUAUGCUCCGGUUCCCAGAACUGGAGGGCGAGGAAGACGAAGUAAAGCGGUUGGGCAAGAAAGAUAGGCGGCUUGCAGAAGCGAAGAUCCGGGCCGUGUUGAGGAUUAUGGAGAGGAAGGGGGCGGAGAAAGUGGUGCUGGGUGCUUGGGGCUGUGGCGCCUAUGGAAACCCCGUCAAGGAUAUCGCUGAGGCUUUCCGAAGUGUGCUUGACGGAGUGCCCCACUCAUCCUCUACCAGUAAAAAGAGCAAAAACGGUCAUGCAGAACAGGAGACGUGGCCAGGUAUCAAGGAAGUUAUUUUCGCAAUUGGUAACCGCAAAAUGGCAACCGACUUCGCUGCUGCUUUCGGUGGUACGAUCCAAGUCGAGGCUGGCCCUGGAUCCGAAGCUACUGCAGAAGAUGAAGAGGGGGAAGACGCGGUGGCCGAGGAACUACGCACUAAGAUCCAAGAGAUGGAGAGUCAGCUUAGUCAAGUUUACAACCCGGAUCUGAAGACUAGAAUGGGGGUGAUACUCGAUGGUUUGAAAGCGCAAUUGCGAGAGCGGGAGGGUACACCGGAGGCAAGCACAUAUACUGGGGAUGAUGAGGAUGACGAGAAUGAUGAAGAUGAUAGUGAAGAAGGGAGUGAGGAUGAAAGAAACGAGGAUGUCGAUAGUGAGAGUGAUUGA